CGUGGUGUUCGACUGCAACUUCAUUUAUUUGUUUGGUAUUAAGCAACUAAAACAGUAGCCCAACAUGUUGACCUUUGAAGAAAUCGUUGAAAAAGCCAAGAACUUCAGCAAGAAGCCCAGCCAGGAGGAAUUCUUGGAAUUCUACGGCUAUUACAAACAAGCCACCGUUGGCGAUUGCACCAGCGAUGAGCCCGAGGAUGCCGUCCGCAAGGCCAUGUGGAAAGCCUGGAAGGAUAAGGCUGGUGUCAGCGCUGAAGAUGCCAAGGCCAAAUACAUUGAAGUCUAUCACAAAUAUGCCCCCAAAUACCAAUAGACAAUGCAUUCAAAUGCAAUUUAAGGAUGUCACCCCCUGUGGUUAGUGGUUUCUGAUGAUUUCUCCUGCCAUCGUUUGGACCUCUCUAAAUGUAGGAAAAGUAGUCAUGUCUUUUUUUUAUACCGUUGUAGUUUGUAUUUCAUUUAGCUGGACAUUAAAAAAAAAACACAUUUUAAAAUAAAAUAACCUAAGACCAGUUCAUA